AUGUCAUCUUCUCAACUUGCUAUUCUCUCAGUCUACGAUAAGACAGGUCUGCUCGAAGUCGCACAAGCAUUGAACUCUCAUAACGUUCGUAUUAUUGCCUCCGGUGGUACCGCAAGAUUAUUAAGGGAAAAUGACGUUCCUGUUGAAGAUGUCUCUGCAAUUACUCAAGCACCAGAAAUGCUAGGCGGUAGAGUGAAAACUUUGCAUCCCGCAGUGCACGGUGGCAUUUUAGCCAGAAGCAAUGAAUCAGACGCAAAUGAAUUGGCCAAAUUGAAUAUAGAUAAAAUUGAUUACGUUGUUUGUAAUCUAUAUCCUUUCAAAGAAACCGUCGCUAAAGAAAAUAUCACCAUGGGUGAAGCCAUCGAAGAAAUUGACAUCGGUGGUAUCACACUUUUAAGAGCUGCUGCAAAGAAUCAUGAAAGAGUAACAAUUUUAUCCGAUCCAAAGGAUUAUUCCAAUUUUAUUACCAAUUUGAAUGAAUCUAAAGUUACUCAGGAUUUUAGAAAUAAAUUGGCUUUGAAAGCAUUCGAGCACACUGCAAGCUAUGAUGCUGCAAUCUCAGACUUUCUAAGGAGAACCUACUCACAGAAUGAAAAAAUGCUUCAAUUACGCUAUGGUACAAAUCCUCAUCAGUCUGACGCACAGGCUUUUAUUGGCGAAGGAGCUAACACUUUGCCUUUGAAAGUACUUAAUGGUUCUCCAGGUUAUAUUAAUCUGUUGGAUGCAUUAAACUCUUGGCCUUUAGUUAAAGAAUUAUCACAAUCAUUGAAGUAUCCGGCAGCUGCUUCAUUCAAGCAUGUAUCACCGGCUGGUGCAGCUGUAGGGUUGCCAUUAGAUGACAUUGAGAGACAAAUUUAUUUCGUUAAUGACAUUGCUAACAUCAACUCAUCCUCAUUAGCUUGUGCUUAUGCUAGAGCCCGUGGUGCUGAUAGAAUGUCAUCCUUUGGUGAUUGGAUUGCCUUAUCCCAUGUUGUGGAUGUAACAACCGCUAAGAUCAUCUCUAGAGAAGUUAGUGAUGGUGUUAUCGCUCCAGGUUACGACUCUGAAGCAUUAGAAAUUUUACAAAAGAAGAAGGGCGGCAGAUAUUGUGUUUUACAAAUGGAUCCAGACUACAUUCCAAAGGACAUUGAAACAAGAGAAGUUUACGGUAUUUCAUUACAACAAAAAAGAGAUGAUUCUAUCAUCGAUACAUCUUCUUUUUCCAAAAUUGUCUCCAAAAAUAAAGAUAUUAACGAGCAGGCAUUGAUUGAUUUAACAGUAGCUACCAUUGCAUUGAAAUACACGCAAUCAAAUUCUGUAUGCUAUGCAAGGAAUGGUAUGACGAUCGGACUUGGUGCUGGUCAACAAUCCAGAAUCCACUGUACCAGAUUGGCUGGUGACAAAGCAGAUAAUUGGUGGUUCAGACAACACCCAAGAGUUUUAGGUAUCAAAUGGGCGAAGGGUGUCAAGAGGCCAGAAAAAUCAAAUGUCAUCGACCUUUACGUCACUGGACAAAUUCCAACUGAUGAAAAGGAAAAGGCAGACUAUGAAUCCAAGUUCGAAGUGGUGCCAGAACCAUUGAAUGAGACCGAAAGAAAUGAAUGGCUAGCAGAAUUAAAAGGUGUAGCCCUUUCCUCGGAUGCAUUUUUUCCAUUCCCUGACAACGUUUAUAGAGCCGCUAAAUCAGGUGUCAAGUAUAUUGCUGCCCCAGCGGGUUCAGUGAUGGAUGAAGUUGUCUUCAGUACUGCAGAUGCGUUAGAUAUGGUUUUUACCGUAAAUUCACUUCGUUUAUUCCAUCAUUAA